AUGGAGAAGCGGCUCCGCGGGAAGCUUGCCAGAACACAAGUUCUGAGGCCAUGGGAUUUUUUCCAAGUCUUGCGAAGACACCCGAGCAUCGAGACCUACAACGACCUCAUUGUCUGGGCGCAGUCCCAGCAGAAGCACGGGGUGCCUCAAUACUUGGAGUUUAUGACCAGGCAAGGUGGCAAGAUGUCUGGGCUCUUCAAGGCAUGGAAGCAGCUCAUGGCUAAGCCUGUGAGCCAAAAGUCGCAACGGGAGGAGCGAUUGCGCUACUGGCAGGCUUCAAGGCAGGCGCCCUGUUCUUGCACAACGCCAGGCCGCUUGAGGUCUGGCCUGGAUGCCUUGAUGGUGCGCGAGAAGGAUGGUGAGAGGUUUGGCUACUUCGUCAAACGGCUUAUCCGCAUUGGGACAGCGGCCAAGAAUUGCAACAUCUUGCUUUGCGGGGCUUCCAAUGCGGGGAAGACUGCCCUCACAAGGCCGUUGAUGGCUAUGUUUUCUCACCGCUGCUGGAUGCGUCCUAACAAGGGCGACACGUUCCCCUUAGAGUCGUUGCAGGACAAGCUGAUCAGCUGCUGGCAGGAUUGGAGGCAAAAUUCCUGCCCGGUGGCCUGGGACACCCUGCUCUUGCUUCUGGAGGGCGAAGCUGUGGUGGCUGCUUGCAAGGGCUCGGCGUCGGUGGUCAUUUCCGAGCCGCCGCCUUUUCUCAUCACGUGCCAGGAGCGCGUUGUGCCGCUAGAUGCGAAUGGUCGCCCCAAUGUUGCCGAGAAGGAUGCCUUUCACAAUCGGUUUGCCUUGCGGUGGCAUCUGAAAUGCAGCAUUCCGCCUUCAAUGAAGGAUUCGCAAAUGAAGAUGUGCUACCGCUGCGUGCGUUGCUACUCAGACUGGGUGGAUGAGAAGCACGCUGCCUAUGCAGAGAAGGCCCCGGACAUCGAGGCGGAGACUGCAGCGCUGGAAUCGGCCAUCUGCCAAGAGGAUUCAAGGGUGCCCGCUUUGCAAGAAGAAGAAGAAGAAGAAGUACUUUCAGGGGCCACGACCCAGCCGUUGCUGGCCGCGCAGUCUGCUGACCCGCGUUCAUCGCAGUUGCAGCCAUCCGGUGCAGCGGUUCGGCCUCAGCCAGUGCAGCUAGACGAGUCGAAUCCCGCCGAGGAGCUUAAAGGCGAUGGCUCCGAACCUUUCCAAGAUCGACGAGUUCGCCCCCGGCUCGAGCCGGCCGUUGCUUCUUCACCGGCACCGGCGGAGGAGUUCCCGGGACCGGAAGAAGGCAACCAGCCGAGCCAGCCCUUGGUGCCUUCCCAUGUGGAGAUGCUGCCUGCUCCACGAACGCCUGAGCCGUGGACCCCGCCGUACCCGCCUCCAAGGACGCCCCCCGUCGUUUCGCGAGCCGUCAAAGGCAGCGGUUGGGUGGAGGUGAGCCCUCUGCACGCCCGCCGUGAUUUGCAAUAG